UCAAUUAAAACCAUGGAAGUCGUAGCUAAACCCAUGGAUUUCCACUUCAAUUCUCCGGCGAACUCCUCCGCCCCUUCCACUCCUAAACGCAUGGGCGACCACUACUUCAGCGCCCCUACCAGCCCCACUCGCCUAUUUGAGUUUGACCAACUCUUGAGAUUGAUCUCGGCCGACCACCACCAAAACCCUUCUCCGGCCACCGUCCCAUUUGCUUGGGAGGAGAAACCCGGUGUUCCCAACUCAUUAUAUAAGUUUCUUGAACAUGAUUUUGCAUUCGAUGUGAGUGGGGAUCAGUUGGGUAUGGAUUCAGUCAUUCCAGCUGAAGAUCUAUUUGACGGUGGUGUAAUCAGGGUUCUGCCAGAAAAUACAAAAGAGAGAAAGAACACCUCCAUGGAAGAGAAAAGAAAAAGAACAUCAUCAUUUUCUUCUUCUGCAGGUUUACCUUCGUCUAGAAGUAGAAGAACACAAUCUUUUUCUCACAAAAGAGGCUGGGAGUGUCCAUGGGAAGAAGAAGAAGAAGAAUCGCAGGCAGCCAUGAACGCGAAACCUCAAUUGGUUUCAUCGUGUUCUUCUCUUUCUGCUUCUAAAGGGUCGAGAAAAUGGAGCUUCAAGGAUCUGUUCUUAUUCAGAAGUGCUUCAGAUGGACGAGCGAUGGAUAGAGACCCAUUGAAGAAAUACUCAGCCAUCAUCAGAAAACAUGAUGAAGAUUUCAGGAACUCAAGCUUGCGGUCCGUUGGAUCUGGAUCGGGGUCGAAGAGGAGAGGGGGAGUAUCGGCUCACGAGUUACAUUAUAAGGUGAAUCGGGCAGUUGCGAAUGAUCUCAAGAAGAAAACAUUCUUGCCAUACAAGCAAGGUAUUCUUGGAAGACUAGCCUUCAAUCCAACUGUUCAUGCACUUUCAAAUGGAUUUGGAUUUUCUCAUAGAAAUUGAUGAAUAUUUAUUUCGUUUAUUUGUUGUUUUCCUUGUUGUGAAGACACUGAUUUGUUCAUGGAUGUGUGCGAACCAUCAUUGAA